AUGAUCGAAGUCUUGGUAAGUGAUCGUAUGGGCCAACGUGUGAUUGUUAAAUGCCUACCAGAAGACACAGUACAUGACUUCAAACAAGUACUAGCAGCACAAUUGAAGAUGGAUGUUUCUAAGAUAUCUGUUUCAAGAGGGAAGAACGUUCUAAGAGACCACAUUACCUUAGAUGAUUAUGAGAUUCAUAAUGGAACUAACUUGGAACUGUAUUAUUUGUAA